AAUAAGCGGUCAAAUAAGUCGCGACGGAGAGCGCGGCGAGGACGCUUGCAGGAGCGGACGCGAUAAAGCGAAGUGCGCUGCGCGUGUUUCGUUUUGUCGGGGGCUAAGAGAGAAGAAUUGUCUUCAAGUAAAAACCGGAGUGAGCACUCCCCAUUUUAGUCAAGGCCAAGCGGAAGGGCAGACUGUUGGGCUCACCAGUGAAGCAAUCCCGCCAUGCGUGAAUACAAGCUAGUGGUUUUAGGCUCUGGAGGUGUGGGCAAGUCCGCUUUGACAGUUCAGUUUGUACAGGGAAUCUUUGUGGAAAAAUAUGACCCUACAAUAGAAGACUCGUACAGAAAGCAAGUGGAGGUAGACGGGCAGCAAUGUAUGCUUGAAAUUCUCGACACAGCCGGCACAGAACAGUUCACAGCAAUGAGGGACUUGUACAUGAAAAACGGCCAAGGCUUCGCUCUGGUAUACUCCAUCACAGCACAGUCUACCUUCAAUGACCUCCAAGACCUGAGAGAACAAAUUCUACGAGUAAAGGACACAGAGGAUGUGCCAAUGAUUCUUGUAGGGAACAAGUGCGACUUGGAAGACGAACGCGUUGUGGGGAAGGAACAGGGCCAGAACCUGGCCAGACAGUGGAACAACUGUGCCUUUUUAGAGUCCUCUGCUAAGUCAAAGAUCAACGUCCUUGAUUGUGAACCCUGA